GGCGGAGAGUGGUCGGCGCGCUUGGCGGAGUGUCGCCGUAGUGGGAGCUGCGCAAGUCGCCGGCGCGGUUGUUCAAGGUGGUCUUUUCGAACGACCGAUUUGCCUUCACGUGUGUUUGUGGCUGUCGCUGUUCCGCUUUGGCUUCUCGCUGAACAACGGAGUUUUCGCUUUCACUAAGAGGAGUGCAGCUGUGCUGUGGUGUGUGCUACUUAAUUGUCAACAGUGCGGCUAUACGCUCGCCGCUUUCCGUCAACGGGGCGACCCUGCGUGCAUUGAGAAAAAGAGCACAUGGCUGCCUCGUUCUGAGGGAAGGUGUAGCCCGGGACGAGUCUGGAGCAGCCUCGCUUCUCUCGGCGUCAGCUGCCACACCACCGGCGGCACGCGGCGCCCUCCCACCACACCAACGGAGACCACAGCUGCAGGGCAGGCCUGUGGCGCCGCGUCUGUGCGCUGCUGGGCCAGCGCAGCAGCCACGCCAUGGACGACGACCUGUGCCUGGACCAGUUCGAGCAGCAGCAGCUGGAACUCGAGAGGCGCCGCAUCAUCCUCGACCAGGCCGUGCGCCGCAAGACCAUCGACAGCUGGGUGUCAUCGCGGUUGAGCGUAUUCGACAGGCCCCUGGACGAGGACGUGGCGUACGACGACACCGAGGUGCCCGGUCCGGCGCCUCCUCUGCCGCCACGCAACAACCCGGGCUGCCAGAGGAUCAGCUGGCCCAUGGGACGACACUACGACUCGCCGCCGUCGUCACCCGCGCCGCCCCUGCCCACCUCACCGGUGCCCGAGGAUUCAGGGCCCAGCGUGGCAAGGCUGGACCUUCGGCAGAAGUGUGCAGCCAACAUGGCCGACCAGGACGACCAGCAGCAGCUGAUCGGCUUCGACGACAGCCCCGUGGUGCUGCCGGCCGAGUCUAAGAAAGGCGCUGCACCGAGUGAGGCCGAGCGCAUCCUCAACUCUCUGAACGCCGAAAAGAGCCAACUGGCGGCCACCACCAACGGCCACAACGGCGACGCGGCUACCACGAACGGGCACGACGAACCAGAGAAGACAGUCAAUGGCCACGCGCCCAAGGCUAACCACAAUGAGGCCGGAGAGCCGGUCUAUACUGAAGUUCCUGAGGACAAUAUCUACGAGGAAGUCAUACCUGUACAGGAGAACAAGCCGGAGACCUCGCCGACUGUCCAGACUACCACGACAGAGAGCACGGGCGUGCUUUACGAUGACUCGUCGCUGUCUAGCGAAGUGUCCGCGGAACUGUCUCCACCUCCGUCCAAUGUCGGUGAUUGCGGCUCCAACGGCACAACCUUAUCUGACCCUGAAUGCGACGCUGCUAUGGCGGAAGCCUCGGCGCCAGAGUCUCAUGCCGACAUCCCUUUUGUAGUCGUCCAAGAGUCUACACCUGUAGACUCGGAGCAGUCCAACGAUGAACAAGACAGUGCGUCGGAGGCCAUCACUGAGGUGGCGACGGAUGUCGAGCCAGUAGUCGUUGAAAAGAACAACACGCCAACUUCGGAUGAACGGCCAUCCGAUGAACAUUGCUGCAGUGCUCAACCGGCAGUGUUGGCUGCCGGUGGGGAGUCACGGCUGGACGACAUCGAGUCUGAGUUCACGAGAGUCGACGAUGUUCUGUUUGUGGAACCCGAGGAUGCUGCACGUUGCUCCGUUGUCUCCGUGACCGAGACGGAGCAGGAGGCGGCCGUUGAAGAAUGUAGCAGCAACGUUGAAGCGAUGCAUACUGAGGACACUGUUUCCGUCAUUGAAGAAACGACGCCGUCCACGCAGGAGCCAGCCUUUCCUGUCGAGCAUGAACUGGAACACGAUCCUGCAGAGUGUCAAGAUUUUGCUAAGGAGGCAGUGAUGGCUUCCCCUGCCUGUGAGCAAGGGCAGAUAGCCGAACCUCCCCCAUUGCCAACUGUGAGACACGAGUCACGUCACUUGAAGCAGAGUGUUGAAGACAGCAUCGUUGCCCGCGAGAUUCGGGCCCAGAAGGAGCGGGAGGAGAUGAUCGCCCAAGAGCGAAAGCUCGCCCAGGAAGCAGCAAGGCUUAGCUCGACAACGCCUGAGAAACCACCGUGCGACAGGACGCCAGAGACACCCAAACCUGCACGACUCACUGCACCUCAGCUUUCGAUGGCAUCGGCGACCUCACCUCCCAGCUUGGUAUCCAGUCCUGCACCAUUCCCGGCUCCCAUCGAGAAGCGGUUCACGUGUCCGUCGGACUCAAAGAUUGCUGACGAAAUUCGGGAGCUCCAGGAGCGGGAGGAAGAGCUGCGGGAGCUGAGAGAGCGCCUGCACAUUCAGAGCAAUGACCACAAGUGCAGUGAGGUUGCCAACAGCAGCAAUGACGAUGGCAUCGCUGCCAACGGCGUCGUCAGUCCAGUCGCAUCUUUGACUUCCAGCAGCGGCGGCCUGUCUAGGACCGUGAGUGUCGAGUCGCUUCCUCCGAAUGGCUCGACCCUUUUUGGACCACGCAGAAAGGACAAGAUAACUGUGCGGCCACUCUCCGACGGCACCGAAGAUGCAGUGCCAUCCCCGCCUUUUGCAUUGGGCGAGUCCCCAAUUGAACGUGAGAUACGGCUAGCACGAGACCGGGAAGAGGCACUGAGAAAGGAGAAGGGGCUGCUGGGACAGCUCCAGGCGGAAGGAUUUAUCAAGAAGGGUGAAGUGGCCUCACCCACUCCAGUCAAGGGCGCAAAGGUCCCUGCUACCCUGGUGCUUCGAGGAGGCAGCUCGCAAAAGAUCCUGGCCACAUCUCGGAUCCAGCAAGAGAUAGAAGAACAGACACAGCGUGAGAUGGCUCUUCGAGAGUCCGGGCACAUCCAGACCAUCUCCCAGGAGAGGACAGACUCCAAGGUGACCAGGAUAGGAAACGAGGCUGUCGCGUCACCUUCACCGCCACUCGCAUCUGCUACGAGGAGAGUGGCGCCUUUCGAGUCGUCUCUUCCUAACGUCGAGAUCUUCGAGAAAACUCCAGCCCGAGUUUCUUCCCCAACGACAGUGACCUGCGGUGUCUCGUCGGUUGUGGCCAAGACAGCCAAUGGUCACGUGCAUGCCAAUGGUCACGUUUCAGGAGCAAAGGGAUCGCCCGUCGCCAAUGUUCGCGGGGUGAGCAUGCAAAAAUUCCUUGCUAGUCGUGGCAAGGAGCUCGCCUUCACGAGUCCACCAUCACCUCAAAAUGGCGACAAGUUAGAGUACCGUGAACUGAAGCCUCCACAGCUGCAAAAGGGUGCCGCUGACGCCGUCCGUAAGGGCCUCAUCACGGCCGAGACAAAGAUCCAGGAGGAGAUGCGUGCCAUGAAGGAGCGCGAGGAGGAGCUCAGGCGUCAACGCCUUCGGCUGCUAGGCCAGCCCAACCUGGGCCUGUUCGAGGGAGGCGCAUUAGUCGAUGCGGAUCACGUCACUGAUGCCGGGGAGGCACCUACCCUGCAACGCGUUGGUAGUGAUGCAAGCCUUCUGGAAAAGGCCAGUGGCUCACCAGAGGCUGCCAGUCAGGCGUCCAACAGUGUCCCUCGACGCCGCAGUGCCCUCAUCGCACAAUGGGAGCAAAGGAUCCAGAGCACCGACGUCGCCAAGUCGUAAAAAGAGAUGUUGUCAUUUACUUCAGUAUGCAUAUAUAUGUAUAAAUGCCGAUAAUCUAUUUCUGCGAGCCCAGUGCGACGCAAAAUACUUGAGAUCAUUUUGCAUUUUCCCGAGUGAAAUCUUUUUUGAAUGGGUUUCUUUGAAAUAAUUAUGCACCUGUGUUGCGAAUAACAUUUGUACACCAUGAGCUGGUCGCCAGAGCGUAAUCUCGAUUGCGUUGAUCAUUUCAAAGAGUAGCUUAUUCAAGGAAUGGAAGGAAGAAUGCUUGAA